CAGAACAGAAUGUCUACUGGAAAUGGCUCUUUUGUGACUGAAUUCAUUCUGGUGGGAUUAACAGAUCACCCAGCUCUCCAAUGCCCCCUGUUCUUCCUUUUUCUAGCAACAUAUAUAUUUACUGUGAUGGGAAACCUGGGUUUGAUUACUCUAAUUGGGCUGAAUUCCCACAUUCACACCCCCAUGUACUUUUUCCUCUUUAACUUGUCUUUCAUUGACUCCUUUUAUUCUUCUGUUUUAACACCCAAAAUGCUGAUGAACUUCACAUCCAAGAUGAAUAUUAUCUCCUACCAGGGGUGCAUGGCCCAGCUCUUCUUUUUCUGUUUUUUUGUAAUUUCAGAGUGCUAUGUGCUGACAUCAAUGGCCUAUGAUCGCUAUGUGGCCGUCUGUAAUCCACUCUUGUAUAACAUUGUCAUGUCUCCUAAAGUAUGUGCCAACCUUAUGUUUGGUUCAUAUUUGAUUGCAUUUUCUGGUGCCAUGACCUACACUGGAUGCAUGCUCAGACUGACCUUCUGUGAUGCCAACACCAUCAACCAUUUUUUCUGUGAUGUCCUCCCUAUGCUCCAGCUCUCCUGCACAAGCACCUAUGUCAAUGAGCUGGUGUUGUUCAUUGUAGCUAGCAUCAACAUCUUUGUUCCCAGUAUCACCAUCUUUAUCUCUUAUGGUUUCAUUCUUUACAGCAUCCUUCAUAUCAGUUCCACUGAGGGCAGGUCCAAAGCCUUCAGCACCUGCAGUUCCCACAUAAUUGCUGUUUCUCUGUUCUUUGGAUCAUGUGUAUUUAUGUAUCUCCAACCAUCUUCUGCCAGGUCUAUGAAUGAGGGGAAAAUCUCUUCUCUCUUUUACACCAUUGUGAUUCCCAUGAUGAACCCCUUAAUCUAUAGCUUGAGGAAUAAAGAUGUUAAACUUGCCCUGAAAAAAACCCUGUGUAGGAGAAAAUUUCAUCAUAAAUAG